AUGUUCCACGGAAUACUGUCAGACACAAUGUAUUGUGAAGACUGUGGCCAUCGCUACGAUCGGGAGCAGUCCUUCUCGGCCAUCAACUUAACCGUUUGUACAGGAGAUUUAUUAGAGGCGAUGCGUCAGUACACGCGAGAGGAAGUUAUGGAAGACGAUAACGCCUACUUCUGCGAGCGCUGUCAAAUGAAACAGCGUACAUUGAAGCGUCUUACCUUUAGCAGCCUCCCCCCGGUGCUCUGCCUCCAACUCAAGCGAUUUGGCUUCGACUGGGAAAGACAGGUGGCCGUCAAGUCCAAUCAAGUCUUCUCCUUCCCUCGACGGCUCGAUAUGACUCCCUUCAUGGGUGAUAAUGCCAUUCAGGAGGAGUAUGAGGAUGAGGAAGAGCGACAUACAGCGCUGACACCGCCAACGGAGAGGGGUCCGACGCGAUUGGGUAAUGGAGAGCCAAACGGGCACGCACCCCACCUCCGCUUCCACUCGCACUCCGAGUCCUUCGAGAUCGCCCUACCCAGCUACGUGUACGAGCUCUCCGGCAUUGUCAUCCACUCCGGGCAGGCGCAUGCAGGUCAUUACUACUCCUUCAUUCGUGACCGAGGCAGGAUGGAACAAGCUCACAUUAUUGAGCGUAAAAGAUCGCAGUCCGUCUCGGGUGCUGCCGGUCUGUCGGGUUUCAUCAAUUCACAAAAUCCUCCCCACAAUUUUCCCAGAUGUGAUACACUGACACAGGGCACAGAAGACUGCUCAGCACACGCUGAUGCCAAUCUACCGGAACGGUGGCUGAAGUUCAACGAUACCCACAUCGAGGAGGUGGAAAUGACUGAUGAGUUUCUGCGACAGGAGUGCUUUGGUGGAACUUACUUAGCUGAAGUUCCAGCACCCCAGGACUUCUUUGAAGAAGAAGAAGAAGAAAGACAUAUUGCUAAGGGCUACUGGUAUGGCCCGGGGGCCAUACCGUCCAACAGAGCCGUAGUUGACGAAGGACGCCUCCACAAACCCAGGUCCUCAAUGGACGAAGCACACAGUCUUGUUUCACGAGGUAGUCGUCGGUCCAUUCAGUUCUCUCGUCCUCCCUUCACUGGAUCUUCAGCGAGCACAGCCUCCGCCGCUCGUCAACAUCGACUCUCUCUGGCUCUCACAUCCAGCCUCUUGAGAGUUUCGCCAUUGGCCAAUACUCACCCCUCUUCCACCUGCCUUGCCGGUCUAAACGCCUCCAGUGGCGGCAGCGGCGUUGGAAUUGGCCUUCGUCAAGGCUCCUGGAAUGGGAACGGGACAGCACGCGAAGCUUUAGCAGGCGAUUCGGCAACAGCAUUAGAGCAACCCACAUCAAACGACACCGCCGCUAGCUCUCCUGCGGACGAAAUGCUCCUCCGCAUUAGGCGCCGUAAUCUUGCUUUCCUGCGCGAUCAGAGUAUCUUCUCACCAGACUAUGCCAAUUUCGUUUAUAACCUCGCUCAGGGUGUGCUAGGCUCGUUUUCUGUGAAGGUGGACACAACAGCACUGCAACUGGAGCCGGGCCGUGCAAUAAUGGGCUGCCAACUGGUGGCGAAUUUCCUCUUUACCACCUACCUCCCUCUGCAUGCCUCAGUGAAGGUGUCGAUCUCACCGGACCUCUGCAAGCGCCUCCUGGGUUUGUGUGCACCUCCGCCGCGAAAUGGUAGGGAGGCUCUUCCUCACCACACCUCGGCCUCCGAACAGGCCAGUCUACAGGAGGCCGGCGCCAAACUUGACACCCACUGGAUGGAGAUGCUUCUCUCUCUUAUGACCGCUAAUGCUCAAGCUAUCUCCUGGUCACUUGGUUUCCUUGUGCGUUCACCAACGAGGCCUAUGCUUAAUUACAUGCUUGCAUGUCCGAAGCCGCUUCUUCGUCAUCAAACAGCUCGGCUUGUCGGAGUCGUUUUAAACACCUUCUAUGCCUCGAAAGACGCAAGCAUUCUUGAUGCAUCGCUCAAUAAUCUGGUGGAUUACUUGCUCGACUUGCUACCACUAGAAGUGCCCCAGUAUGCGCAACACUGCGCCCCAUACUUUGGCCUUCUGCUGGGUUACGUAGAGACCUGUCCCCGUGCCAGCGUUCAUCUGAGUAAUCGCAGUGGCACGAGACGUCUGUUGAGUUUCCUCGUGAGGGAAGAUGCGGACCGUGAGGAGACCCUAUCGAUCGAUACUGGGGCCCUCUCGCCGCCCCCAUCAAUGCCUACUCAAAAUGUUUGUAUCGUUGUGCCUUCCAUUGUUACACCUCAGAAAGAUGCUGGUUUCCCCACUUGGGCGAGCCCAUUGCGGAACUGGACGGCCAGUCAGAGCAAGGAGUUGGGCAACUACUACCUCCUACUUGCACAUAUGCUUCUUCAAUCGAAUUUUGACCAGUUUCGAAACCACCCUCUCUCGCCGACGGUUCCACAUCCCUCACGUCUGAGCCUCUUCCCGCGGCCCGAGACGGCGAGAUGGCUCGGUUUUUCCAGUCUUUCCAUCUCAAGUGACGCCCUCUCCCAGGCCUCCGCUCACGAUCUGCCACCACGUCUCCGUUAUGUCGGCAUGUUCCUCCUAGUCGAAGCGGUAAUUCGAACCUACGUGGAGAACCCACACACUCCUCCGCCUCCGCAACGCCAGCACGAGCAGCAGCACCAAUCGCAUCUGCAGCAGCAGAGCAGUGUUACAGGCAGUGUAGGUGGUGGCAAAGCUGACACAAACCAGACACCCACGCACCGUAACUCGUCGGCCGGCGCGGCAGAAGAGCUGUCACUUCGUGAUGCCAUGGUCGAUGUGCUCAUCCAUCUCACCCAAUCCUGGUGGAUACCCUCGGCUGCUUUCAUCUCGAUGCUUCUAUCGCUGAUAGUUACGCGGCCGCUGGUAGAAAUACGGCACUACUUUGACCUCACUAAACAACUCCUGCGUGUGAAGGACGAGUUGCAGUCGUUGCGAGUGCUCGCGGUGCUCUGCGGUCUCCAAGGGCCCGCAUGGUGUCUGCGACCAAAUUUUCAUUCCAGCAGGACGGAAAGCGAGACUAUAUUUGGGGACAUUGCUACUGAGACUACCGACGGCUGUGAAGGUGUCGAUGGUUCCAACGCCGAACAGGAGUCUUCGCGCUAUCCGUCACCCCCGGAUUUCACGCAUCCUGGUCUUUUGAGUAGGCCUUUCACGGAUGUUAAUAAUUGA